AUGAUGUCCAAUGGCCCAAGAGCUCGUCGAACGGCCACCAAACGAAUUCAGCAGAGCGAUGGCAGUAGCGCAUCCACGAGCACGGAGAAUAAUAAUACUCUACACAGUUCCAUCAUGGCAUCUGAAACAAAUGUCGUGAAUGGAAUGCCAUUGCCCCCGUCAGCAGCAUCCGCGUCCUUAUCAGGUACCACCAGUGUACCAAUCACCAAUCGUGCUUCAUCCACAACAAUACUAAUGAAUGGCAAUCAUACCAAGCCUAAUCAUCCAUCUACAAAGAGACUGCGACGAAAGCGAAAAAUAGGACAAGAAUCUACCAUUUCCUUGACAAGAAUAAUAGUUUUCAUAUUGGUAUUUUUGUCUGCGGCGUGGCUGGGUUGGAUCAUUGCCGCGAGGAUCUUUCUCGGAUCAUCAGAUGACGAGGUCAUGGUGUCGAAGGAACGAGCCUUUGAUGGAAAUAAUGGUCUGGAGGAAGCUCCAUUUUCAAUUUUGGUAAUUGGAGGAAGCGAUGGAUCUGGUACUCGUGCUUUUUGUUGGGCGUUGCAACAGCUGGGAGUCGUUCUAUUGGUCGACGACAAGCAUACGAUGGAUAUUGAGGCCAGUCAAUUGUUUGGCCGAACUGGCUGGCCAGGAUUCGUCAAGUAUGUCAUGGAGCAAACGAAAGGAUCUUUAGAUUAUACGUGGGACGACUUGUCACCAGACGCAAAAAAAGUACUCAAGCACGAAGUCGGUCGGUUUCUGAAGCAUUUGAAGUUGGUGUAUGAGAAUAUGAAAAUUCGAAGAGCACACGCAGAAAAACAGGACAAGAACCAUGGUGGGUCCAUUUCCAUACCGAUCAAGGCUCAAAGGAUUCACUUUGCCAUCAAGGCACCUGCUAGUAUGCUGGUUUUGCCCGUCUUGCAACAUGUCUUUGAGUACGAAUUGAAAUUCCCGGUAGCCUUCUUGCACGUCGUUCGGGAUGGAAGGGAUGUCAGCCUUUCCCAGAAUCAGUCCCCGGCACAGAAGUUUUUCAAUGCCACCUUCCCCAAUGAUUAUGUACAACGGAUGGACCAAUGGAAGGACGAUUUGUACAAUGUUCGAGCUAUGCAAUUAUGGAACAACUGGAAUGUACAAGUUUGGAACAAUCAUCACCCACCAGGGCAUCCGAAUCAUGACCAACUGCCCAGCGAACAAUUGAACUACAACAAGAAGUAUUUGUUGGUCCGGUCAGAAGAUUUGGUACAUAGUAAAUGGGACGUCAUGCAAGCGCUACAUCAAUUUGUCGAUUCUUCCAUGCCGUUGGAGAACCUAUGCUGUCAAAGCCAUGAAAAGGACAAGGACUUGGGCGAGUCGGUACAUUUUGCGGAUACUGCCAAGAAUCAUGGUCCAUUGCAUCCACAUCGUCAUCUUCGUAAACCUCCGAGGGGUCGUGGUCACAAUUGGGGUGGAUUCCAGGGCAACGACGGAGGCGAUGUAACUGGUGAUACCAAGCCUGUGUUGAACCUUAUCGAUUGGGUCAAAGAAUCAGAAAGAGCAUUAAAACGAGAACGACAAAGAGAUCCGCGAAGAGCUAUAGAGGAUGCAGGGUCGGACUCGUACACGUUGGAUGAUUUGAUGAAUCAGGGAGUUCCUCUCUUCAAGCGAUACAUUGAAGAAAAGCAGGGCAACAUGGUGGUGAAACAUUUGGAAGAACUAGUAAAGGUGGCUCGCGGCAAACUUGACGCAGAUUACAAGGAAUGGAAACAAAAGUUUACGACACGGAAUCGAUCAGUUGAUGCCGAGCAGCAAAAUGUUUUCUACACCAGGACGGGGAAUGCGAUUUUGGAUCAAGCACGAAACUUGCAACAUGCACGCAUGGCUUUGUUCUCGCGAAGGAACGAGAUUGAAACGGACAGUUCUUAUGACCGUCCAUCAGACAAGGUCGUCAAAGAUAUUAUGAAGGAUCUCAUCAAGCGAUUGCACAUGUUGGAAGAUGAUGGGGUCCAGCAUGCCUUUGCAAGAGGACAAGGAGGAGAGGAAGGCGGAGAAGGAUAUGUCGAUAGGACUGUUCUGGAAAAGAGAUAUGGGAAAUGGCAGGGACUAUUGGAAAAUAAGCCAGACCUUUCCAAAUAUUUGCAUCAAGAGGGAGCCCAGGGUCUGGAGCACUUUGGCUAUGAACCGUAUCAAGAUUUUGUAUAUCCAACUCUAGAAUACCAAUGCACUCAAGAACAGUUGCUGGAAUGCAAACCCGGCGAAGAAAAGCAAGUUGUACCGUCCUUACUUUGA